AUGCCUGAGCCAGCUAAGUCGGCUCCAGCCCCGAAGAAGGGCUCCAAGAAGGCGGUGACUAAGGCGCAGAAAAAGGACGGCAAGAAGCGCAAGCGCAGCCGCAAGGAAAGCUACUCGGUGUAUGUGUAUAAGGUGCUGAAGCAGGUUCACCCGGACACCGGCAUCUCGUCCAAGGCCAUGGGCAUCAUGAACUCCUUUGUCAACGACAUCUUCGAGCGCAUCGCGGGCGAGGCGUCGCGCCUGGCGCACUACAACAAGCGCUCGACCAUCACGUCCCGGGAGAUCCAGACAGCCGUGCGCCUGCUGCUUCCCGGGGAGCUGGCUAAGCACGCCGUGUCUGAGGGCACCAAGGCCGUCACCAAGUACACCAGCUCCAAGUAA